AUGCUGGAAAGAAGACAAAGAGUUAGAAACUACAGCUGGCAGUUGCUGCUGUUGUUGUUGCUGUUGGUUCAAGAAAAACAAGCAGCGCCUACUGAAACGACACUGGAGGCAGUGCAGCAAGACUUAGGAGUAGAAGCACGCGCACGCAUUGAGCCGCAGGAUGAGCUACUGGCUGAAGAGGAAGACUUGGAUGGACGCAGCGCUUAUGUGAACAAUCAGUUUGUGCCCAACGAGCCUGUGGAGCUGGUGGACGAUGAACAGAAUGCGCCGCUCUAUGAAAUACUGCAAAAGCAAAUGGAGCAAGUGCUGGCCAAUACAGCGCCCGAUGUAGCGCUCUACAAAGAUGACAAGAGCAAGCGGCAGCCAGCGCCGCAACCCGAUGCGCUAACGCCAGAGGAAGAGCUGCCCGCCUUAGGCUAUCAGCAGCCACAGCUUAAGCCAGCAGAUGCAGCUACAACGACAAGCACCAGCACCAGCGCACCCAGCACCAGCAGCAAUCAGCGCAACAGCCCCAAUCGGCCGUCCAGGCGACGCAGCACCACAGCCUUACCCAGAACAACGCAGCACAGAAACGUCACCACAAGCAGCACAACGCCGCUCAGCAGCACCACAACAGCAACACCAACUCCAACUACUGUCAAGCCAAGCAGCACACUGAGCAGCUCGCCUCAUGAUCCGCAUGUGCUGCAACAAAAGCGACGCAUUAUUUUCAAAACCAUAUCAACUGGUUCACAGUUUGUCAACUCACCCAUUGGCGAUCUCAUGAUCAAGUUCUCCAUAGGCUAUGCCAAGCCGCUGCAGGCGCUGCCCAUUUCCAAUCAGGAAGCGCUACGCGCUUUGUCCAGCAACUUGCUGCGCAGCAGAGAAAUGCAAAAGCUGCUGAAGCUCAGCAAAGUGCCUAGAGAUUAG